AUGCUGGAUAAGCAAAUGCUGCUUAAACUGGCAGUCAAUUUACUUCGGACCGUGAACGAUCUUGCCGAGUACGCGGUAAGAAAUUCAGCAUGCAGCUGCGAUAACUGUCUAAAUAUGCGCCUCCCACCCUCUUACAAGUAUGUGUUUUGAGCAUUAAGGAGGCCAUGUAGCCUUCUUUGCCUGUCAUAAUUUGUUAAAUUUAGACGAAUGACACUUGCCGAUCUGUCCUCUUCGCUGAAUAUAAACACGUUUUAUCAAAUCUUAGGGAGCUGUUCUGGCCUUGAACCCACAAAGGCGAUUACCCUGUGACUGACCGUUGAUUGGCUGUUUCCGUUUCCCUCUCCUCCUUGGUUAAGUUUUCAGAUUUUUACUGGCUUGUACUUGUCUGAGUGGACGACCGACUUGCAGAACGUAGAUAAAACAGAAAUUCUAAUUUCCAUAUUGCUAGCCGGAGAAGUCGGUGAACGUUCCUCCUGUAUGACGUUAAAUAAUCCCGAUCCAAUUAGACAGUACAUUGACCCGUGUUUGAAGGUCUUGGAUGCUUCAGUCUUCUACAGAGUAACGAAAUAAUUUGAGAUCACGUUCUAGUUUAGUUUGGCUAGCGGUGACAGAUAAAGCAGAAAUGAUCAAUUCAGCAUGCUCUGUCUGUUUCGGUAACGUCUUUCGCUAAACAAGCGAUAAUCUUUUGGCGGUACUAACCUAAGUGGCGUAGACUAACUGCACGCAAGUCAAGCGUAUCCUGCAUGACAGUACAAAGCUAGGGCUUAACAGGCAGAAAAAUAGUUAAGCACAAAUCAACCAGAUACAUUGCGUGACCGAUCUCAUGAAAUUUUGGCCGAAAUUCUCAAAUGUGUUUUCGAUUAGGAAGGAUUACUUAGGCGCGGUUGUAAUACUGAUUAGCAGGCAGCAUAAUCAUAUACCAUUUCGGAUUCAGCAGGAUGUCAGCUUUUGAAUGCGCUCCUUUUUGGCUUUCUGCAGAAAUCGCGCUCUGCAAAAAAUGACUACUUAUGUAGCAUACAUUUUUCGUAUCGAUUUUCGGUGGUCUUACAAAUUCAAAUAUAUUUUAUAGAAAACGUGCACAAAAAUAUGCCUUCUUUAACUCAUUCGGUAGAAAAUGAUAUCGUCCUUAUAUUUUAUGCCCGAAAAUGGUGUAUAUUUAUAUUUAAAAAAACGUUUUCCAAUUCCCGAAUAAUUUGGAGCCAGAUUUGCCAUUGCUUUAGCGUAUAGCGAUUUAGUUUACAAGGUGCAUGCUUUCCGCGUAAGGUAAAUCAUACAUUCCUCAAUGUCUUUAAGAAGAUACCCAAGAGUUUAUAAAAUUUUCUAAUGGAUCCUGACUGUGUUGUACACUUCAAGAGAGGUCUUGGUAAACGGAUAUGUACGAUUUUGUAUAUAUGAGCAUAGCACGGUAUUGAAAAUCUCAUAAUUGAAAACUUUUUUAAAAUUUAAAUAUACACCAUCUUCGGGCAUAAAAUAUGAAGACAGUAUCACUUUCUACCAAAUGAGUUAAAGAAGGCAUAUUUUUAUGCACGUUUUCUAUAAAAUAUAUUUGAAUUUGUAAGACCACCGAAAAUCGAUACGAAAAAUGUAUGCUACAUAAGUAGUCAUUUUUUGCAGAGCGCGAUUUCUGCAGAAGGUCAAAAAGGAGCGCAUUCAAAAGCUGACAUCCUGCUGAAUCCGAAAUAGUAAAGGAUUAUGCUGCCUGCUAAUCAGUAUUACAACCGCGCCUAAGUAAUCCUUCCUAAUCGAAAACACAUUUGAGAAUUUCGGCCAGCAUUUCAUGAGAUCGGUCACGCACUGUAUCACCAAUGUACUGUUGAAAGUGGCAGAAGUGUAUGAGAAGUUGGGCGAGCUGUCAUAUCCGGUGGUUGUGGUGGUGGUGCAGGAGAAAGCAAGUCAGGUGGGAGGUGUGGAGUUGGACCUUAUAAUAAUUCAUCUGCAAUGCAACCAAUGACAACCAGAGCUAGUGGACCAGGAUAUAAGAUCUAGGUGCACACGGUUAGAAUAAAUGUUAGAGGGUGUGAAAGUGCCAACGGUGUCCAAAAUAUGUUAUGCGGGUCUUCAUGAUGGAAGAGUUUUUGAAAGGCCCUAAAUACGUUUUGCCACAUAAUUGAAAAAAAGAGGAGAGUUGUUUCUGUUGGAUAAAGCACGGGGAUACCAGGCAUUGAAAUAAUUCCAUCAACAUUGAAAAGGGGAAAAAAUAAAACGGCUCGGACACACCUUACUCAAAUUCCUCGUUUUUGGCCGGAGCGUCAGAACAGCCGAGUUCUGGAAUAGCACCUCUUGGGCACUGUCACUGGAUAUGUGAGACCAGGCAGGGGGCUAGAAUUCUAUCUUAUUUCGGUGCGAGGCAGUCUCCACACGGCCGACAGUGGCUACCAGUUGGUGACCUAACAUAGGAAAUAUGUGUAAGUUAACGAAACACAAACAAACUGGAACUAGUCCAGACGUAUUUACCAAAAGAACAAACUAAUAAUGAACGAUCUCCAGUUAAAUCCUGCAUUUAGAGGCAAAUUGCAGCGGUUCCCUCUCCACUAAGUCUUAAUGCCACUCGCAAUAGCGUAAAGUCCUCAUCCCCAUCACAACGAGCCCUGACAAGCGUGAAGUGGUGGAACAGCAGGCGAGUGGCACGCGUAGAGAAACCGUGCAGUUUUGUCAGACACGACGCUUAUUUUGAAAUCAGAGUGUAGGGAGGAUGAGGUGUAUCUGACGAACGCCUCCCUUAGUCUAAGUAAUUUUACGAGCGAAUCAGCGCCGCGUCCAGUUCGGAGGACAGCGUUGGACCAAAUCGUUUAUUAUUGGCAAACUAUCAAUAUUUUUUUCGUUUUUGCCAGCAUGUUACGCGACAAGUGUUUGUUAUUACCGUCUGUAACUGAUAUUCUUAGAAAACCGUCAAAAAGAGGGAAAUCGCACAACCCGAAUAUUUUUUUGAGCAGAGGAAGACAGUAGACAACUCCUCGUGACUUAUUGUUGGAUGUAUAGCCCAAAGCUCAUGGUGCCGGCGACUGUGUGCUUCGAAUAUUAACCUAUACUCUCCCUUUCCUGACUCCUAAGGUCGGCCUACUCGAUUCUAACUGACGCUUCUGAAUGGAGUAUUAAGCAUGUCUGGAUAGAGGGAUGCUAACUGCGAUAUGCUUCCAAUAUACACCAGAUGCUCUCUGUCAUUAAAUGUUAACCGCAAAUCUCAAGUGCAUUUUCGACUUGAAAAGAUUACUUUAAUAGGAUUUUCGUGUUGAUUGCCUUGUUGCAUUAUGCCGAGGUCAUCGAGUCACGUCAAGAUUUCGGCAUUCGAACGAGAUUCUUAUCGGCCGCGAAUCUAAGUUACAUUCCGUAAAAAAGACUACUUAUGUAGUAUGAACUUUUACAAGUGAUUCAUAAUGCCCUUAUAAAUUCAGAUACAUAUUUUACAGGGAACAUGCACAACAACGUUUUUACUUGUUUGGUAGCAAAUUACGUCUGACGAUGGCUAAUAAGUCGGAAAUGGCCUUUCCAGUCUCCCUUGUCUUUGUCGGUAGUGCUGUUCUGCCUUUAUCAGGCGCCGCUGUGCGGCUGCUGGAGAGGCUCAAGAGAGAGAGAGAGAGUCCCAAGAUACAAUGGGACAAGUGCCGUAGUGCGAUCGGUGAGCGCCUACUCUACCAAAAUUAAGUUUUCUUUAGAUUCUAGACUGAAAGAGAAAGUAUCUUCCGGAAUUUAAAGAGUCUUUUAGUGUGUUAUUUUUCAAAAGCAAGAAGUAUUCAAUCACACAUGAUCGCAUCAGCGCAUUUAAUAAUGUUGCCUAUAAAGUGGACAACAUAAUCCACAUUAAUUACAAAAUUAUAUGAACCGUAUCUGACCUGUUCUUAGUGGCGUAUAGUGAGGCAGGACUUUCUUUACACAGAAGUCAUGUCGCUUGUAGUUUAGAAACCCUGAAUGCAAGCCUAACGACAGGUCGAGUUAAAGAUUAUACGGAAAAUGAGAAGGUUUUUUAAAACCGAGAUAUACUCUUCCUUUAAGCAUAACAUUUAAAGAUGUAAUUUGCUACCAGUAAACAUAUUUUUGCACAUGUUUUUGUAAGGUAUAUUCGAAUGCAUAAGUACAUCGAAAAUGAAUCAGAAAAAAUUCGAACUACAUGUGUAGUCAUUUUUCGCAGGAUGUAGUGUAUACAGAAGAUCCAUAAAAAGCUCGUUCGAAAACUGGCAUCUUGAUUUGACUUGAAUAUUUUCGCAUCAUAUGACAUGAUAAUUAAUAUGACAACUCUACUUAAGUAAUUUUUUGAGUUGGAAAACAUUUUAGAAUUAACAUCAACAUUCCAUGAAAUUGCGUAUCUACUGCUAUUAGCAAUUUUGGUAAGUAAACACAUGAAAAAUUAAGGGAACCGGGAAAGGCCUACUAAAACGCCGUUUUCAGUCAAACCGAAGUCAUUGAUCAUAUAAUAACAUCCGGUUCGUGAUAAACGCAACUAUUGCUCUUGUUAUUUCUUGUGCGAUUCAUACAAGCAUGCUGUAAUCGUUGCCUAGACGGCGGUUUCUACGCAAUCCAAGAGACGUCGACAAGUCUUAACGAGGUAGGAUUGGACUUUGUCCGUUGAACAUUCUCACCCAAGCAGGUUCAGAUGUCUUGGCGAGGACAAUGAGGAGCAGUCAGCUCAGCAAUGGCGAGACUCUUUAGAGGGAACAACAGUGGAUUUGGGGGAUUUAGCAAAAUAGCCAUGGGUCCAGUGAGCAGUUAUCGUUUAAAGGAUUUGUUUGUCUUUUUAGAAAACGCCCUUAACUGCCUUCUUUCCUGUGCUGACAUUGGUGUUUCGAUCUCAACGCUUGAAUCCAGUUCAUUUAUUCUCUGACCGACGUUUUGAGCGGACGCUUGAACGUCAGCUAUUCAACUUGCUCUUUUUGCCGCAUUGCCCUCUCCUAGCCCUGCACUACCAGAAAGCAAUACACCUCUCAAAAUGUCAGUUUGCACAUAACGAAGCAUUCACCUUUUCCUUGUCUCUUUUAGGACAUUAAGAAGCUGUGUGAAGUUAGAGAAAUGACCAUAGGUGCCGCAGCAACCCUGGAGAAUUUUACCAUCUCAUCUCCCGAAGGGGAUCUUCCUACAUUUGAGAAUUAUAGACUGGCCGAAAAUUUCGAAACCGUAAGUUGCUACAAAUGACUUGUGGAGGUCCACACUCUUACUCACCACCGCUUUGUACCGCUGCUUUGCUGUAUGUCUCAUGCCCCCUCCCCCCAAUUACAUUCGUUGCUGGGACCGCGAGAGGCUUGCCACAGGCCUCGCGGGAACCCGAAUCCGAUCAACGCCACUCCCUCGCUGAUUUGAUAGCGCGCACUAAGAAAGAACGUUGGCUCAAACACAUGCUGGGGGACCAAUAAAAACUUUCUCGAUUUAUGUUUUGUAUUUGGAGCACAUCGGGGUCACCAGCGGUCAAAGUGGUAUAGCCAAUAGCGCGAAUGUCCCCAAUUCAAAAAAACCGGGAGGAUGACUUGGGUUGGAUAACCUUUGCUGGGGAGAAAGUGCGUACAAAAGGCUCCGAGAGCAGUUAUCGCAGGCAGUCUCUACGGGCCCGUCGUUUAUCCUGUGCUCGCCGUUGAGGUUAUUAGCUCUCAGCGCGUGUGUGCGCCUUCCGCUCUUUCUCAGUUAAUGUUUGUCGGCCAAUCAGAAUGGGGCAGCAUCGAUUGGUUUAGAGCUCUCGCAAGGAUAGCGAUAGGCCUCGCGCGAUCUUAGCAACGACUCGACAAGAAGUAUGUGGCUAAAGAAAAACAGCGGGACAAGGCGGCAGCGAUCAAGGGAGUGAGCAGCCACAAUCAUUACUUAGAUCGUUUACUCGUUUCGCAGGUCUGACCAAUUUGCUUCCACGAAUGCUUGCAAAAUUCACAAAGUGCUUGUGUACACUGCGUUAUUCCGCAGUGAUAGAAUCCUCUUGGUUUCACAGAAGCAUUUGUUCGUAUAUCUGUGAGGGUCCCAGUAGCGAAAAGGAACUAUGUUUUCUUGCCCCGGCUGGCGUUCACUGACCACAUAUGUAUUCUAACUAGAAAAAUUUUGCUAGUGCAUCGCUGCCUUAAUUGUCCUUUAGGAACCCAUGAUGGUAUUAUUUAAAAACCACCACAGGACUAAUAAACCAAAACAAAAACAUACCGGUUAAAUUAACUGUCUAGAGAAGUCGUGUGCAAAAUAUUAUCACGGAAACUGAGUGACGCUCAGUGAAAAUAACGGAAGUUCUUCUGAAGACGAAGACGUGAUCAUUGGAACAAGAAACUUAUCGGCCUGACGUUUCGGGUUCUCACUCGAACCCAUCAUCAGAGACAGUCACUGAUAAGGGAAAUGGUGACACUAGGAGUGCAGUAUUUUUAACACGUGGAUGCCCUGGGACCAUAUGCGCACUGUAAUUAACAGCUCUCGCAAUCACCGCUGAAGUCGUAAUUGAUGCGAUGGUGGCUUUUCGGUCCGCGUUCGAGUCGUUAAUUGCCAUGAUUUCGUAAUCUGUGUUGGAUGCUGGUGUGACGAUUGCUCGGCAUAUUGGCCCACUGUCACUGGGAUAAUAGCUCGCCCGCGCCCUCCCCACGUGACUGACUCCCGUUCCUAGGGAGCAUCUCAGCGCAGAAUACGGAAACGGGAGGUUUUUUUGCUUGUUGAUGGAUUGCUGGCCUGAGAACCAUGACUUGAGCAGUUCACGGCUCACCUCUUGCGAGGAUUUCGGCCUCUCUAGAUUUAAAAAUAUGGCCGGGUCCCAUCAAAUAAGCCGCCACCCGAUAGCUAGCGUCUCUCCGCCUCAGUGCUGCUGCGUGCUCAGCAAUUUGCGUCCCAGUUUUUCCAGCGUAGUUGCUUUAUCCGCAACUGAACCAGAUCCGGUAAACGAACUCUGACGUCUCCUGUCGCUUCAGUGGGUCUUUCGGCCUCAUGAAUUGGCACCUGAUGGUUGCUUCCAGCCCACUUUGGCCCACUUUCAUGGUCCGCCAGAGCUCCACAAACGGCAUGUUGUACCGCUACUAAUUGCUGCCUUAAAAGGCAACCCUACGUAGAAUCUGACAAAAUGACCUUUCUUAAAUGGGAAGUUUCUCCGACGCAAUUCGGUGACCUAAGCAUGGUUAGCUUCCUAAUUUCUUUAAGAACUCAGGGGUUUAGAUAUUCUGUCGGAUGAAACGGUGUGCUCUUCCGUGGUGGCGUCUUUUUUUGCAUUCUUCACACCGAAUCUGGCGCACAAGGUAUUGCAGGUUGCAUACGACGUGAAACCAGUCCUGCUCAACAUUCAGCACCUCAUAAUUCCGUUUGGAGUUUGCAGUUUUUUCUCCUGAGCCCUCAAAACCACAAAAACCAACAUCAACUAUAUUUUUAUCCCUUAAGCUCAGGAGUUUUUUUCACUGCCGGUCGGAUUUAUGUUUAAUCGCUCCCCUUGAUAAUGCCUGUAAACUGGCAUUAAAUAAAAAUUUAUUUAUUUAUUUAAAUUCGCACAUCACCUUUGCAAAAAAGACCUUUUAACAAACCAAAAAAACUGUCAUGGGCCCCCAAUCUCCGGUAAGCAACAACUGCAUUCAUCCAGCAGGAGUCAGUCUUUGGGCGCCGUUGCGUUGACGACACCUUAAUUAUCGGCAAGAAGAGCAUGCUGUAAAAUUUCCAUUAUCUAAUCAAGCUAAUCUUCCCGGAUAAAAAAGGUUCACCAGAAGAGAAUUAAAUAAGUGGUCACUACCCUUUAUUUAUGUUUCCCUCAGGUGAGCUCCCAAAAACGAAAAAGGAGAAUUGUUUACGGAAAAUCCAUAAACACUGCCAAAAUCCUAGUUGCCAACGCAACAAUCCGGUGUCUUACAAGGCAAACUGUGAGAACACUCAACAAACAGAUCCAGCCUCAUUGCAGAAACCCUGAAGAAAUUGCAUGCUGAGUCCCAUAUUUCAGUGGUCAAUUUAUGCCAAAUGACUAUCCGAAAAAAAUAUCUACGAGUCUGCCCUCGAAAGGCUCAGCCGACAGCACCGUAAUUGAUAUGACACUCGGCAAAAGCCUUAAAGAUGUUUUAGAUGCGACCGAGCGCACUACUGCAGAACUGGGCAUUGAAAUUUUACGCCCACCCAAGACAACCAUGACAAUCGAGGACCGAUUACAUCUCUAAGAGCUGUUGAAUGUAAUGUAUCGCACCCGGAGUCGCAAUUGUCUUAAAGUUACUCUGGUCAAAAUAAAGGCAUGCCCGGAGCGCACACAAACGACGGGAUGACAAAUAAUCAUGGGUGGCUGCCUACAACAUUAAAAAGGGUCAUGAGUUUAUCUUUAGAUCCCCCAAAAUAAUCGCACACACCGGAAGCGAAACAAGCCGAUAAUUCAUUAAAAUCUCAGUCAGUCGAUGUAUUGAUCUAGCGCAAGCAUACGUAGUCAUGCGCUGUCACCUCCAGACCUGCGCAAAUGAUAACUGAUCGGUUAAUACCAUCUAAACUGUCGCUUAUUCUGCUACUGCUGUUAUCUCUGAAGAUCGACUCCCGCAAGAGUUCGAAAACUCAGAUAAGAAAAGAAAGGGCAACGGUGCUCAACCAUACUUCUUCAUUACGCAUACGAUACAAUCUGGAUCAAUUGGGUAUCAAGCCUAAAGAGGCAUAUUUUCCCGAGGGUACGAAAAUAUCUCAAUGUGCUUAGUCAACUUCGAAUUUAAGCCUUGCUGAAGUUUGAAUAACUGUGGCUCGGUUUUCAGCGUUGAUAUCUCAACUGUUGCAGAGUAUGAUAGUCUGAGUCAGAAGAAGUCAGAUGAAACUGAGGUCGGAUGAAACAACAAAUAUGUAGGGCUUUAACCUACCCAAAUAGAUAGAUUAGGUAUUAUUUCUAGGUAACGGGGUUUUUAGGUGCCAUCUCCCAUUUGUUACCCUGAAUUCUUACUCAGCGGUGGACCAUAGCUUAUCGUUCACAGGUUAUUCUUUGAUGAGUAAUCUGAGUUUGGUGAACCAAGUAAUUGCUUUAGUGAUCGCUUCUUUGUCCCCCUCCCCCAAGAUCGACCUGUCAUAACCCUCCAGUAACUUCGCGUGCAAAUUGGACGUGUGCCUAAAGUAAAUAUUACAAUAGUUUUCUCGUAUAUUCCUAGGUAGGUAAAAGUCAGCUUCAUGAGUAUUAAGUCGUACUUCAAAAUACAUAAUCAUAUAUGUGCAGAGAAAUUAGGCAACAAUAUAUUUUAGAGUAUAUAACACCCAUAAAAUUUAAUUAAUACAAAACCUUACCCCUUUUACAAGUUGAAGGCCUAUCCGACGCUUCCGAUUUCAACGGCAAAGCUGGGCAUGCCAAAAUGCUUUGCGACAAAAUUUUUGACGUUAAUAUGAGGCAGGUGCUGUUUGAUCUGAUCUCCAUGUUUCCCUAUAGCAACGCAUUUAUGGUGGCCAGUUAUGAAGGGACGCACUUCUUAAUGUCGGAUUGAGACCCCUUACUUGAAUCCUCAGCAUUAUUGUCGAGGAAUGCUGCUUUGAUUUGGCCUCGAUCAACUAUCUUGAACGCUAGACUAGGAGUACCGAGUCUUCACCACAAGUUAAUUUAUUUGCAGAUUUUCAAGCAGCUGAGUAAUUUGCGCCUCCUUGUGGAUGAGAGACCGAAAACAGCUGCGAAAGGAGCGGAAAGGGAUUUACAAGGCGACUCUGAGCCCCAGAUGUUCUCCGCGCCUGAGACUGCUGCCAGUCUAAAGCCGUCUGAUAGGUAAGAAUCACCAUUAGCCAGCCUCUUUUUCCUCACUCCCUCUUUUACUUAAUAACCAUUAUUCCAAUUUAUGCGCGUGUAUGUAUCGCUAAACCCCAGCUACGCCGAAGUCGACACUGCCUCCCACGGAUUAGAUAGUCGGUGUGGUAUUGGCAGCAUGUUCAGUUAGCAAGUAGGUGUUGUCUGAUGAUAUAAGACCUGCAGAUCUUGAAGAAGGAGACACGAUCAAGACUACUUCCUGGAACUCGGCACUUCGCUUCUAUUGGCACCUGCAGAUCUCUUCUGAUGCACAUUGUGGACCGUACGUGCAUUUGUGCAUUUGUGUUUUACGAUUCAAAAAAGGCCCCCAUCAUGAAAUAAUCUGCUGUAAUUUCCCUUGGCCCGAUAUCCAAUGCAUUGGUAUUCGGUGCGGGCGCACCUGCGUCCAGACAGUAGUAGUUGCCCAUGCAUCACUUGAAUACACUAUUUCCGAUUAAUAGAAAAACCGUCACUGACCAAGAUUCCAUUCAAAAAGAGAGGCAGCUGACGUUGCAGAUUCUCUUCCUCAAGCAUGACGUAACGCCUCGCCAGCGUACACAGCUGUUUGAGACUGCAACUAUAGGUUCUGUGAGGGCUAUAUCCCUCAUUUCGGUGUCUGCAGUCUUCUCUGAACCCCUGUUUGGUCUGUAAGUUUUGUUAACUAAAGUACUUCCUGUUUCAACCGCUGCGUGCGCAGUCCAUUUUACAUGCGUCAAAUUGGAGAUCCCACCCAGGAUUUCGUCUGACAAAAUCAUUGAUGAAGUACUACUAUCGCUCUGCUUUUGUCCUCCCUCGUGAAUUCCGAUUCGGUAAGUGUCCACUGAGCGGAUUAUGGAGGAUGUGUAACAUAAUCUUUCCAAUAAUGACAGAUGCGACGAUUACGUAACGAAGAUCAUCCUUAUAACUCCCUUUGGGUCAGCCAGACAAAGAAGAUCGCAUUUUCCCCCACAGUGGAAAAAUAGGGUUCUCCUACAAAACUCGUACGACUUCAUUGACUGGCACUAUCAAUCUUCUACCGGAACUCCGUGCUUUCGAGGUAAAACAGAUUAUCAUUCGGCCAGUUAACUCGACCCGCUAAUUCAUCAAAACCAGGGGGCCAACUUAACUAAACCUUCAUAGAUUUUGGCAGAUUUUUGAAAAGUUCAUAUUGAUCCAACUGUGAAAAACCCGGCGUCGCGGUGGAUGGAUGUUUUAGCAGAUUUUGAAUUACGUGAGCCUGUUAGUCAUCUGGUGGAUUCUAGGUGAAUUACUUAGGAAAGCCUGCUUAGCAGUCAACAUACUGUAUCAGAUUUGGUGGAUUCCAGACGUUGUAGUAGGUUGGACGGGUAACUUUACUCAAAUGUAAUUAAACUCGCGUCGGCCGACGAAGCCUCGUGGCUCAGGCGGUUAGGACGUUGGCUGUACUAAAGCCUUCCCCUUACUGCGUGGGUUCGAACCCCACCGAGGAGCUGAGUUUUUCAAAGUUGUUCAAUAUGAACUAGAGAGAGAGAGAGAGUAAGGCUUUAUUUUGAAAAUAACUUUCAAAACUUUCAGCAAAAACGGUUCUCCAGUACACAGUGAUUACCAUAGAGAUUAACAGGUAUUGGACAGGUCGACAUAAUUAUGAAUGAAGGAAAAAGGACUUUAAGGUGCAAGAUCGAGUUUUAGUUUUUGUUUUUCAACAUCUUUGCAGGUGAGAUACCGGGCUAGAAAUGGCAGUAUGGAAUUCCGAUAGGCCGAAGUGCGGCAAGGGAUGUGGCGGAAGCAUCGACGCAUGGGGCGUAAGGAUUUUGCAUCCAUUAACUCAUUAUGAAGGGGAUGGACGGGGUCAUUCAGAAUUCGGUCAGCGAAUUGCUCCACCGAGUUGAAGUGCCGCUGCAUGAUGAUAUCAACUAAAAUAUGAUAAGAAACACCAGCAGCAGAGGCGAGCAUUCGAAUGACACGUUUAAAAAUAAUUAGAUCUUUUUUAAGUAAAGCUGGAAAAAUAGCUGGAGAACAAUAAAGAAUGAGUGGAAGAAUACAGCCAUCUAUGAAUCGCCAGAUUAAGGACUGGGGUGUGUGAUAUGAACGUAGACGACGAAUGUAAUAAACAAGUUUUUGAAUUUUUGUUAAAAGGGUUUUCAGAUGAAGAGAAAAAGAGAGAUUUGAGGAUAAAGUAACACCUAGGUACCGGAAAGAAGAUACCUAAUUGGGAAGAAUAUCCAAAGGAUCAGGAAUGGGAGAGGGUCGCAAUCGAAACACACACUGUACUGAUUUCUGAUUGUUGAGUAGGAGUCCAUUAUUCGAAGUCCAUGCGGAGACGUGAUCUAAGCCAUCCUUUAAAGACUGCAAAUGAGUCAGGUUUUUGAGUGGGUGGCCUACGACCAUGUCAUCGGCAUACUUAUCAUACAGGCAAGCGUUUGGCGAUCUCAAAUCAUCAGUAUGUAGGGAGAAAAGAUGAGGGGAUAAGAUGGAACCUUGUAGAACUCCACAAUUAUUUGGAAGAAUAGAAGAUUUUCUCUUUCCCGACUGGACAAACUGAGUGUGGGAGGAAAAAUAAUCUCUAAGCCAAGAGACAACCCAGCUCGGAGUGUCGCACGCAGCUGCUUUGGUCAGGAGGAGUUGGCGCGAAAUGGUGUUGAAGGCGGAUGAGUAGUCGAGAAAAGCACAUGCAUAUGCACGGCAUCCCUUGUCUAAGUCUCUCAAAGCGGAAUGGACAACUAAAGCAACAACAUCGAAGGUGCUACGCUUUGCCUUGUAUGCAAAUUGUAGAGGAUCAGAAAAAUUGACGGAGGAGUACUUAAGGGAAUCUAAUGCAACUCGUUCAGUAAGUUUCAGGAGUACAGAAGAGCAGGCAAUAGGACGGAAAGAUUUAGGAGCAAAAGUUAAAGAUUUUUUAGGGAUUGGAGUAAUUCUUACUGUACGCCAGGCGUCAGGAAUCUUGGAUUCUAUGAAGGAUAGAUUAAUAAGGUGGGUCAAGACGGGAGCUAUCUGCGAACAGCAAGACUUAAGGAGAAAAGGAGAGACACCAUCCCGCCCAGCCGCCGUUGACCCACGAAUCUUUUUGAGAUGGUGUUCCACUGUUGUCUUGAAAAAAAAACUAUAUGUAGUAUGAGUUUGCGGCAAAUUUGUAUAAUUCAUUUCACCCAGUUGCGAAAAUGGCGGCGGCCUUGCCGGGAUUGGAGCCUACGAAAGGAAGGACAAAGUGUGAAUGCAGCCAAUGUCGAAAACACGUAAUACUCAUUAUAAUUGCAUUACUGGUGACAACAGGACAACUUGUGAAGACCCUUGAGCGAAAAUCAAGCAGAGUGAACGCAAACACGGUUAUUUGACAAGGUCUUGGUGAAUACUAUCCGUAAUGUGCACGUAUCAGCCGAAAAAAUUAUGCAUUCCAGAUCCCAUAAACACCAUUAAAUUCACUCAGUUGACCGCUUUUCUAAUUUCGUUUAUUACUGAUAGGCACUACAGUGGAAUCCUUUUCAUAAUGUUUCUAAAAUAGGCAGUUAACUUUUCCAGAAAUUUCUCCACAUGGCUCUUCCCUCGCAGUUAGCUUUCAUGCAGGAAAUCACUUCUGGGCGGUCGCCUAAAACAUCUGAAAUUUGUCCUCAUAAUUUAAUUGUAGCCACUGGACCUUCUAACCCAACUUUGCAAAAACGGUUUCACUCCGUCUAUUUUGCAACAAGCAAUCUAACUUCUCCUUCACUCAGGUCGUAAUACAUUUUUUUGAUUUCCAAUGUCUCUGACAGUUGCCGGUCGCCGGCAAUUUCUGAUUUCCAGGAACAACAAAAGGGGUAGCUAUGCCAUGACGGCUGUCUCUGAGUCAAACGAUGAUGACGACGGAAAUGGCGAAAUGCUGACCGCGUGUGUAAAAAUAAAUGCCGGAGCUCCCCUGCCAGCACCAGCCCCGCCUAGCCCCGCCUGGCCCCCUCAAUAAUGGCGGGGCUGGAGGGGGCUAUGAGGGGGCUAGGCGGGGCUGUGGAGGGGGCUGUGGCGGGGCAUGCAACGCGAUAGCCCCGCCUAGCCCCGCCAGCGAAAAAAAAUGCGCAGGGGACGUCACAUCCCAGCCCACUUUUGGCACCGCUUUAAAAUAUCGUCCCCAUUGUCAAAUAUACGAAUUAAUAACACACACAGAUUGUAAACCGGUGGACAAAUAAGAGUUUAAGCAAUGAGGGACUUAAACAAAACCUCAAUAUAUUGUGCUCAUCCUCAGCUACAUUCAGUGGACGUAAACGGAUGCUUUCUCCAUGGUUUAUAAGCCAAUUUUGAUAAAUUAGCUCCUUUUAAUUCCAAAGAAGGUACAAUAAGUGGUGCUUUUGGAACAUAUCUUUCGAUGCAAAUACGCUUCAAAAGGUUUCAAUCCAGAGGGGGCUCUGGCCCCGCCCAGCCCCCUCCAGCCCCGCCUAUGAAGGGGCAAUGUGCUGGCAGGGUCUCUACCAAACAGGCUUCUCGACCAAAAACGAAAUAUUGUCAUUAAAGGAGCUCCUCAGGCCACUUCUUUGAUUGCAAAAGAAAGGAUCGAACACGAUCUCAACCUCUUUCGAACAUAUUCAAAUUCCGUCCUACAGGACGGCGAAUUUGUCACCAUGCACAAAGCUUUCCAUCUUGGAAACGCAAAUGCGUUGCGUUGACUACCAAAGACUCUCAAAAUCAUUCUUGCAAAUGAAGCCCAGGCUUGCCAUCUUCUAAAAGGGAAGAUGGCUCUUCGUCAUUCGCAAAAGGUGUUUUUUCAGUCGGAUUACAAACCGACAGAAAGACACAAGAGAGAACUGAAAAAGAGGGCAGAAGAGGGUUAGAAGGGGUUGAAAAUAAAGGAAGGCAAGAUAAUACAGAUCAGGCGAUCGUUCCUGCGGCUAACUCCCUUUGUAAUCAGGUCCGGUUCCCUCCGAGAAGACGGACACUAAAGGUGCUGUAGUCAAAUGUGCAGAGCCUGGUUAACACGAUGGAUGAAAUCGGGACUCUGAUCCACCAGCACACGCCAUAUAUCAUCGCCUUGACAAAAACAUGGCUUUCUGAAACUAUUGAAGAUCAUGAAGUAUCCCUCAGAGGCUACCAACUGUUUAGAAGAGACAGGAAAAGCCGAGUUGGAAGGUUCGCUGUCUAUGUUAGCUACAACCUGACCGCGGUCCCUGAGCAAAAUCCAAGAACAGCGAAAGUGGACUUCUUAUAUCUAACUAUCUUCAUUAAAUACGCCCAGCCGCUGGCGCUGAUAGUUGUAUAUCGUUCCCCAAAUCAGAUUGCCGAACAUGAUAGCCUUUCCUUAAGAGAACUGAACAAGACCUGUUCUAACAGAGACGUCCUUGUUGUCGGGGAUUUUAACCCCCCCAAUAUCGACUGGCAAGCCUGGACGGUUUCGGCUCCAUCGGACACAUUCGGACAACACUUGCUUGAGUUGGCAGUAGAAAAACUACUUUUCCAAAAUGUAACUUUCGAAACACGUGUUAGGGAAGGGCAACGUUCAAAGUGCCUCGACCUGGCGCUCACUCAAGAUGAGGAGAGUGAGCUGGAUAUACAAGAUGUCCCGCCAAUUGGUGCUAGUGAUCAUAUUGUGAUACUCUUCGAGUAUUCCAUGUUCUCCCAACCUGAGUCACCUGAACAAUUACAGACAAAUAUCUGGAAGGAGGAUUUUUCCAUCAUGCGAACGCAAGUUAUUGCAAUACUGUGGACAACCAAAUUGCAGGGAACAGUGAUCGAGAACUGGAGCACGUUCACUGAUCAAAAUAAUCGUUAAUCUAAACUGUCCACUUUGACGAAAGAAAACAGGCAACCGUCCUCCGUGGAUAAAUCGGGAACUGAAAACCGCGUUUAAGAGUGUAAAUAAAUUGUGUAGACUUUAUCGAAAAAUAGAGAGUCCUGAACACUUGAAGGAAUACAAGCGACAGCGAAAUGUGUGUAAACGCGAGGCUAGUUGACUUCGAAGGAACUAUGAGCUAUGCAUAUUACAAAACUCUUUGGAGCAUCCUAAAAUCCGCUAUGGUUACACACGUAAUGGCAAGAGCAAUCGUGACCCGAUUCCAGCGCCGAGGUCCCAAAACGGAGUUAUUGAGACGGAUGAUCACAUGAAAGCAUCAGCCUUCUUCAGUUUCUUCCAGUCGGUAUUCACUCAUGACACAAAUCCUUCUCCUGUGCCUUACCUUGACCAACGACAAAAUCCUUCCUCUCUUGCAUUGGAUGACAAUAUUUACAUCCCGCCCACGUUGAUAAGGAUCGAACUACGCGGGCUGAAGCCUGCCAAAUCACCUAGUCCAACUAGAAUUCAUCCACUUGCCUUUCGAGAAUUAACUGACGUACUGUGUGAGCCGGUGUCCAUGAUAUUUUAGAAGUCCUUGGAAGACGGCGAACUGCCGGAGGAAUGGAAAACGGCCCAUAUCUCACUAAUCUAUAAAGGAGUAUACCAGGCUGGAACCCGAAAAUUACCGUCCUAUUAGUUUAACCUACAUUUUGCACAAGAUCAUGGGACGGCUUAUUAAGUGACAUUUAAUGACGUAUCUGGAACAGAGGGACCUAUUGUGUGCUGCUCAGCACGGAUUUCGUUGUGGUCACUCACGUCUUACAAGCGGUAUUCACUUGCAGGAAAAAAUGGACAAAAGCAAUAAACCAGGGCCGUCCAGUUGAUGUCAUCUUCUUUGACUUUAAGAAUACGUUUGAUAGAAUUCCUCAUGGACGACUCCCACAGAGCAUUUGGGAGCGCGGAAUACGGGGCAACACUUCUAAGUGGAUUAAAAGUUUCCUGUCAUGCAGGCUCCAAAAAGUCAUCGUUGGAACCACUGCAUCCGAAUGGGUGCCAGUAAAAAGCGGCGUUCCACAGGGUUCAGUCUUGGGUCCUCUCCUAUUCCUCAUCUAUAUAAACGACUGUUCUGUAGAUCUUGAAUACGAUGGUAUCAUGUUUGCAGAUGAUAUAAAGAUCUGGAAAACAAUCAGCUGUCUUGACGACUCGCAGAAACUACAGGAAGAUGUUAAUAAGUUGGCUGCAUGGUCCAGCAAAAGGCUUCUAGCGUUUAAUGUAUCUAAAUUUGAAGUCUUGCGCUUAGAAUCUGGUCGGAGGUGCUUCCCAAAACACUAGUACACCAUAAAUGGGGUUCCAUUAAAAGAAGUUGACACGCACAAAGACUUAGGUGUUUGGACAAGUUCAAACUUGCUGCCCUCCGAUCACUGCAGAGGGGUUGCCCAAAAGGCAACCAGCAUCAUGCACUGGAUUAGGCCUGCCUUCACAAUCAUUCCUCCCGAACUUUUCUCACAGACAUUCGGCACGUUCAUCAGACCGCAUUUGGAAUACGGAAUACGGAAUAUGGGUACCCUGGAUGAAGAAAAACAGUGAUGCAAUAUAGUAGGUGCAAAGACGGCCCACAAAACUGGUGGACGGUCUAAGGACUCUGUCAUACCCAGAAAGACUGAUCCAACAAAACUUGUUCCCCCUAUCCUAUAGACGAAUGGGGUGUGACCUGUUAUGGACAUUCUGCAUUAUCCACGGGCAUGCAUGUUCGCUCAAAUCAUAAGACUUUUUUGACUUCACGACCAUCAGUCGCCUGCGCGGUCAUCCGUACAAAGUCAAGCGGGAUCGUACACGCCCAUAACAUCGGACGUUUUCCUUCAGCCAGCGUGUUGUUCGACCGUGGAACUCACUCCCAAGUGAAAUAGUGACGUCUGAUACAAUGGCUGUGUUCAAAAGGCAGCUGGAUCGUUUGAAUUUUGAUAAACGACGUCUCUGACUGGAGGACUAUCUGCGGCCAGCCAUAAAUUUUAUUUCCUGAUUUCAUCCCUACGUAACGCGUCCCUAACGUUUCAUGAAACUUUCCCUCGCAAGCUAUGCAAAUUACAGAAUUUUGUGCUGAUUGCUUAUAACUGCACUUAAAAUUUCAUAUGUAAAUUGAAAAGACCGCCUGCCGCACACUUUGCAGUUCCACACUGCUAAACGGUUUUCCUUUAACAAACAUGUUCCUGGAAAAGUUUUAGUAAGGUGUGCAUUUAACAUUUAUAUUGCAUGCACCGUUUUCAGUAGGGUCAUCAAGGGCAUUAUCUAUUACCCUAAAUAUACUGCUAUACUACUACUAUACACUGCGACCGACAGCAGAUGCAGGCCAACUCUUUUCUAUGGAACACAUCAUAUGUAGUGUUCGGAUCAAUGUCAAAAAGUGCUAUGUACCUGAUGGUGAGGAAAAUAUAUCAGAAAAGUGAGUUUGCAAGCAGUCAGACUUAUACUAACGACAGUUGUUCUGCGUAGCUAUCGCCCCCAAUUUAGUCGUCCUCUAGUCUUAGCCAGAGCUACCCACAGUCUCAGUAAUGACACGGCAUUGGAGCUAGUUAUAAGUUUUUACGAAUGUCUCUGGAUUCAUUAUAGGCGAUACGGGACAGAAACUUAACCUGGAGUUCCUCACUUCGAGGCCCCAACUCCACCCUAUUAAGCAGAAGUUUCAUACCCCAACUGAACCCAUUUAGCGAGGAUAACAGCAGCAGCAGCAACAACAGGAAGGGCAGCAUCAAGAACAGCAAAAACAAUGAGCUGUCGAUGAGUCGCAAAAAGUGAAGAUUAAGAUCAUCAUCUAAAACCUACAGACUAAAUUUGCGCUCGUCUGAGCAGAACGGAUAUGUUUACAUAGCUCGGCAAGGGUAUAGUAUGUAACACAUUGGAGAAGACCGCAGUUACCCAUAACCCUAACACUAACCAUGGGCAUGCGUUAAACGUGAAGUCACUAGCCCUAAAAGCGUUACCCUAGCCUAAACCCCAAAUCCAAACAGCAGCCCAAGCCUGGCAAUUCUAGCUCAGAGGACAACCUACCUAACUCAAACCCUAUCUUGAGCUCAAAUCGGACAUCUCUAAUGUAGAUACCGCUAUUGGAGCUCAAGAUUCACUUCUUGCAUAACCCUAUCGCAAGCUACUACCAAACAAGCCGUUAAAACGCGCAACUAACUAAGAUAAGAAGGUAGGCAUUUGGCGUACCACCUGGGAGGGGGUUGCAUACCCUACCCUUGCCAUGAUGUGAAGUGUCAUUCACCCGAAGAGUCCCAAGUUAGCUCAGUAAGAUGAGUUUCUAGGUAGUUGUCCUGUUAGCUUUUCCAAUGCUUCUCUGACACUAAGAGUGGUGCCGGUUACGUCAUAAAAAGGCCUACAGAGUUCGACGUAGGUGAGACUGAAUUUUGUUUCCAAACAAACGAGACAUGUAAUUUUAUAAGCGAAAGUUAAGGCGCCAUACUCACUUAUUCAGAUGGAGAAAAGGCUUACAUUUGGAUUCCGCAGUAAAGUAUAUACGAACUUUAUGGGCCCCAAGUCAUUAAUGGCGAUUGUGUGGGCUUAGAAAAUAGAAAGCUAGCCGGACUUCUUACGCAUUAAGAAAAGAGGUAAAUGGACGGGUAAUUUUACCUCUGCGCAAGUCUCCAGGGUAGAAGAGAAGCAGCUACACCACUGCCGGUCUAAACAUUAUUUUAAGCGUUAUAAGGAAUAAAAUCUUUCAUUGAGCGUCGUCAGGGUGUACGUUUUAGGUUUCAAAUAUCAUUGUUCAGUAUGAGGCUAGCAUUCGUACCAGCCAAUAGGGCAUCUGUAACCAAUGAUUUGUCGCCUUUACCAGACAUACCAGUAUUGGCGCAAUGUUUGCCUUCAAGCGACGCACCGUCGUGAUUUGACUGUACGGCCGUUCACUACUCGCCUGAGCCGGACAAAUGUCAGCUUUGAAUGCUGUAAAAUCUCACGCAAUAUACAUGAGGCAGGUAGUGUUCAUUUCAAGCAGAAAACGUAAACUCCUUGUUAUGCCAGACUUUUCAUUUUCUCAAAAUAUCAAACUUACACGGAAGACAGUCAUGCACAAAUUACAGCGUCAUCAUGACUGUAUAACUACCUGGACGUUGUGGGAACGCGUUCCUGCUCGAAAUGUUUACCUCCUAACCGAUUGGCUUCAGAAGAAGUGCCUUUUAUUUGUUUCCUUCAUAGAUCAAACUGAACUUUGAAUCGGAGAAUCAAGCAGGAUACAUCAUGCACAACAACACCAAUUCAGAUGCAGCAGCGUCCCUGCUCGAAUGCUCAGCACAUAACCGAUUGGCAGCAGAUAAAAUGCUCUUUUGUUUGUUUCUUUUACAGGACCGAACCGAACUUUGACUUAGUGAAUCAACUCGAUACCACGAAUCCCGAAGCAUCAAGCACAACAAAACCGAUUCAGCAGCAACAACAGCAAAACCAACAACAACAACUGGAAACAAAACAGAAGACCCAACAACUGCAAGACCCAAAGAAGGAAGAAAAACGAAAACGGAAGAAACAGGAGCGAGAAAACUUAAAAAAACAUUGGGCUAUCGGUAAAUCACAGAACGCUCUUGAAUUAUACUUUGAUGGCGUGAAGCCUAAAAUCACCAAAGAACACUUGUUGGCCCACUUCGCGUGUUUCGGGCAAGUGCUCGACGUGUAUAUGUUAAUGGAUUACUCGGGCAAGAAUCACCGUGGAUGGAGCUACAUUACACUUCUACCGGCAGGGGAUCCGAACCAAAUCCUUAAGACGGAGCAUGCUAUAAAUGGAGUGAAGAUUAAUCUCAGGAGGUGUUAUCAAUUUUGCGAUGGAAAAAUGAGACCUAUGAAGUGAGUUUUCCCUCAUGCCUUUCUAAUACUUUAAGGUCCACAACGGAGUGACUUGCAUGGGGGAUCAUUUCGAACGUUUUCAGGCAUCCAAAGUCUAUGUUAUCUUGACCUGAGAAGUUCCCACCGCGGAUAGUCUACUUACGCAAAUCACUAUAAGACAACUUUUAAAUUUCAGUCACUUGAUGGAACUUUAACAACAGCUGCAGCAUCGAAGCGACAAGAAUGUACUAAGAGCACCACGAUUAUCAGACCAAAACUCACCCUGGCUGCCGGUGAAGCUAGAGCCGCUGUUGCUUGCGUCCAGUCGUCCUUGAGAUCUAGUGAGAUUACAGUGACAGCCUCCUUUUGUAGGCUUGUGUGCCAGUCUGAAAUUGUGUCCAUUUGGUGUGUUUCGAUUUGUCGAGGGGUAGCAUUUAAGUGGCUUAUGUUGUGGCUGCAGUUGUGCAGCGGCGGGCAUGGACAACUCCGAUUCUGGACGCACGCACGUCCUAGUUGAAGUCGGUCGAGUUGCUGCAGGUAAGCGCGUCUGGAACCACUGGCCGCGACGGCGAACCGCACGGAGGAUUUUUAACUGCGAGCAUUCCUCCACUGGUUCAAGAUGAUUCCACAUAUAUGUAAAUUGACUUAUGCGAAGGGGGAAACAGAGCCUCACUUAGAUAAUGGCAGAUUAAAUAGUCUGACCAGUAGUUGUGGACCUAUUUCUCCUCCUUUGGCGAAGUGCACGACGUGCCUCUGUUAAUACAAUACGCCGUGGCUAUUGCGAUUCUAUGGACAGGGGAUCCGACAGAACCCGUCAGGUCGGAACACCUUAUACAAGGAGCUAAGGCUGAUAUUAAUGAGCUGUAUUUACUCCGCGAUGUAAAACGGAAAUCAGUGAGAUGAGUUUCCAAGGUGCUAAAUGGGUUCUCGUUGUGAUUGCAAUGCCGUAGAGUCUUUACCUUUCGAUAAAGCACCCUCUUGUCGAGUCUGUCUUGUUGUUUUGAUAACUUAUGCCUUCUGCCUCCAGUAGCCUUAGAGAUAAGACAGAAUUCAUGUUAGUCAUCACUCAAAUGCUAGCAUCGGCAGUUAUUGUUUUUUGUCCUAUCCGUAAUGACUUUAGAACCGCUGGAGACAAUGAUAAUCAGAACGUAAAUGUGGAACCGCUGCCUUUGAAAGGCCAAGUCAAAGCUGUGAGGUCGAAGGCUCCAAUGCCAACCGAACCCGUUACUCAACCGCAAAAACUGCCGGAGCAGCAAAGGGAUUUACGAAAACAUCAAGCUGCGGACAAAUCACAGAAAUCUCUCAAAUUAUUUUUUGAUGGUUUAAAGUUACAAAUAACCCUACAAGAACUGAAAGCUCAUUUUGCGCAUUUUGGGGAGGUUUUGGAUGUGACAAUGUUUAUGAAUCCUGUAACAAACAGACAGAACGGAAAUGGCUACAUUACGCUGCGACCGAUAGCAGAUCGAAGACAAAUCCUUGACACGGAACAUUUUAUACAGGGUUCUCGGAUAAAUGUUAGAAGUGCAAAAUGA